AUGAGAGUUGUGAGCGAAACAAAAUAUUAUAAAGUAUUAGCUAAACUCUACGAUAAAUGUGCAUCCUUAUCAGCUCAAUUAGACAUCUAUGAAUUUGAUUCACCUAAAACUGAAUAAUGUCAAUAAUCAGAUAACAGUGACGACGAUAACCUAAUAUAAAGAGCAAAAAAUAAAAAAAAAUAGAAGUAUAUCCCUAAUACAAUCAUCAAAUUAGAAGAAGAAUAACAAAAAUAAUAGUACCAAUAUUUGUCAAAAAAUUAAAAGACUAUUAUUCAAAAUAAUGGAAAGUCCACAAAAAUUAAGAAGAAAAUCAAAAAACCCAAAAUUUAUGAUUUUAGUUCCUCAUCCUCUUAAACAUCAUCCUCAUAUAAUUGA